GACGUAAAAGUAAUGAAAAUAUUAUGGAAGYAAACAACUCGUUUUCUUUUUGGAAUCGACAUCUGAACACUACGAAGGCGUUAUACCAGACCUUUGCUGAAACUCGAUAGCAAGUCUUGCCUACCGAACCCUCAAUUUUCAAGCCGGAACACGAUCGAAACACCAUGGCGGCACCGCUUGGAAUCGAAACGCCCGAACUCRAGGCACAAUCAGAGCAGAAACAAGAAGAAUCCUCGGAGGGUCCUCAAUCGCGAUCGCUCAAAGAACAUGGAACACAACUCACGGGUAUCUACUGCACGUGCCGGCACGCCACGCURUGCGACAAGUGUGGGAAUCCGAUGUCCACCAAGGAGGACACCAAGCGGGCCAUCGAMACAUUAGUACACGACAGACGUCCCCCGCUGGCAAACGUGUUUGGGAAUGGCCCCUUGUUGGUCUCGAAUAUCCCAGACUCUGCCUUGACCAGCGACCGAAACAGCGACAGCGCGGGGGUGGUCCUUGGGAUUGAGUGAGUUCGGAACUCAAUGGCGGCGUGCUCAUAGAAUACUUGUGAUAUUCAGCGGCAGCAAGCCAAACGUUAGAAAAGCAGCAGGACUGAUUUGUCAAAAUACUAAUGGAUCGCGCUAACAUAUUUGGGUUUCGUUCUGUGAAUGUGCUUGUAUUUUGUUGCGCGUUGUAGCGAGGCUGGCAGAGGCUGUGUGCUCGGUCCAAUGGUUUAUGGGUGUGCCUACUGGAGUGUCGAUGUCGACGCUUCGAUUCCCAAGGGAUUUCGUGACUCGAAACAAAUGAAGGAGUCAGGUAUGUUGAGUGGUUGAACUGUGUUGUUGCGAUUGGUACGCGCUCGCAUCAUACUUUCYGGCUCAUUCAUUCACAAUCUCUUUGUUUUCUCAUUGCAUAAUCGAUGGUGGUGGCUCGUUAUUGYAGAGAGGGAYAAGCUCUUCGAAGAAUURAAAGGUUAGUCGACUUGAUUUCGUUUCACAGAUUCGCCRCAGAUGAGUCGAUUGAAGUUUGAUCUUUAUGGAAUGAUUUCUAAUCUAAAAUUCUAUAUUCUGUCCUUCACGCAAUCGAAACUGCUGGCUGCCGACAUCCAUUGACUACCACAGAGCACCCCGAAAUAGGAUACGCAAUGCGAUCAAUUCUCCCCUCCGAAAUUUCACGCAACAUGCUUCGGAAAUCUACCGAAGUAUACAAUCUAAAUGAGAUGAGCCAUGACGCCGCCAUCGUAUUGAUUCAUAAAAUCGUCCACAAGGG